CAUUUUUUGUGGAUGCAAGAGGCCAUUACAGACAACCAGCUUCAGACAGAUGUGAUGGUGUAUUUGUUGGAGACCUCAGAGGAACUGGCAAAGUUUGUACGCACAUUCUCCAAGGCUGUGGCAGAGAAACCUGCGAAGAAAGAUAGAUUACAGACAGCUUUCUUUGAUGAUGGUGUAUCUACAGUAAAAGUUGACAAGAAUGGACAAGGUCUUCUGAAGGUUUGGAAGCAACAGCUGCUGCAGUUUAAGAACAUCAGUCCUGACAUUGCUGAUGCUAUUGUACAGGCCUUCCCUUCCCCUCACUUACUGAUGGAGGCAUACAGAAAAUGCAAUGAUUCAAAUGAACAAGAAAAAUUACUAGAAAAUAUUGUGGUAAGACGAGGAGCUGGUGUGUUGGAGACGUCACGCAGAGUGGGGAAGGAGAUGUCACGGAGAAUCCACACUUUUGUGACCAGUUCCAAUCCUAACGAAGUUAUCAAAUAACUGCUUGAUGUUGCAGCAAUCCUCUCUUGUUUUAAUUUCCUUUUGUUAUUAUUGAAGGGUGUAUUUUUAAAAAAUGUUUGAGCAAUUGAUUGUGUUCUAUUCAACAUUAAAUAAAGAUACUGGACCACAUUUGCACACUCUCUCGCAACAUAGAGCCAAAUAUCAGCCAUAUAAAAAGACAAAUUUUCAAACAAUAUUGUUUACGACUUUUGAGGCUCUGUUGUCGUGCUUAAGCCUUCAAUGCAGAAAAAUUCCAAUUGCAAACUCCAACGACUAAUCCAAAAGAAAGAUGGAAUGAAUGUACUUCAACGUCUAUCAGUUCAACAUAAAAAAGAGAUGAAAUACUGUCAAACAAGCUCAAGACCGAUAACUCUAGU